AACCUCUGUACAGGGUGCUCUUCUUACAUCUUAUAAUCGCACCUUUUAAUACCAAAAACAAUCUUAAUCUUUAAGUUUAAAUUUGUGUGCAGAUGUUGGGCUUUCAACAUGCAACAGACGUCUCUGUGCAUGUGCAGCGUGAAACACAAUCCUUCCUCCUGCUCACAUGUGGAGCUGCUGGCAGUUCUUCAGCUAUCAGGUACAGUGUUAACAGCAAACGUGUGCCUGAAUGUGCAACAUCCAUGUUCCUCUACAUGCUAAUCUUCAUGGCGUAUCAUAGCAGCAGAUGGAUACCGAAGAAUCAGAGAUUAAAGUUUCAGAUAGUGAAUGCAGUGUUCACGGCACUUGUUCUGGUCCCUCAGUUCUACGUCAUGGGAAGGCCAAAAUCCUCAAGAUACUGCAGGCAACCUCUUCUGAACAACCUGUCGGCCUCCAUCGCCUUGUCCUUCAUAGCUUCAGGUUUUUCAGUGAUAUUCACAUUAAUAGAACCGGUUCCUCAGAGCUUGUGGGCUGCCUAUCAUGUGUUCGGGCUGCUGACGUGCGGACAAGGAUUAUGCACUGCCAUCCUGACUCUGACAGCAGCAGCAUGUGCCAAAACCACCCCUGAGCUGUACUACAUGUCCCUUAUUCUAACAGUCGCUUCUAUUUUCAGUACAGGUUUUUUCACGGUGCGAGGAGGACUCUGGUUGACUAACAGGCUGUCUGUCACAGACCAGAGCAGAAACAAUGAGCGAUAAAGCAGUCCAGCUGUCCCCACAUUGUAAUCGGAUACUCCACAUAUUAAGAUUUCAUGUGGUUUCCAUGCCACCAGCAGCUCGUAACUAAAAACCAUGGGAAGAAAAAAGAAAAAAGGGGGAAAGUGACUUAAUCCUCUUCACGUUUUAAAGCUCACUUUCCACUAAAAAACAAAUACCACAACGCAGAUGUUUAAUCAAUUGUCAUAACUGCUUUUUAUUUGUUCAUGGACAUUUAGAUGUGUUUUAUUUGCUAAUAACUAUGUACUUUACACAGUAGAUUCGGUGUUUAAUUAUACAAAAACAGAUGUCUGUAUACAGUACUGAAAGUGGUAUUUAUCUCAUUGGAAAAGUAAAGCUACAUUACACAAACCAUAGCAGGAAAAUUGAAAAGGCAAAUGCUUUAUAUUGAUGAAACUAGGCUGUCCAGGUUGUAAUAUUUAAAAAAAGUGCAGAUGCUGUUUCAGAACAAAAGUGAUCCCCUUAAGAAGGUUAGUUAGAAAACAAUAAACUGGAAAGUCCAGCCAGUGCAACUUGUAGAUUAUUUUUACCUGCUCUUUUCAAUUUCCACGAGUAGCGAUAUAACUGAUUCACACAGCCAGAAUGAAUUAUUACUCUUCAUAUCAUAUGUAUUAAUCACAAAUCAUCUUCCACACCUAAUGAGCCAAAUUUUUCAAACAACAAGAAAAUUAUACUUAUGGGAAGAAAAUCAAAACACUUCAAAAUGCAGGAAAUAAAUAUUCCUGUGGCCUACGACAAAAAGCCUGUUUUGCCGAUGUGAUGCUUACCUUACAAUGAAUGGGAAGAAUAUUUCGUCGAUGUAGUGAAGAUACAUCACAGACACUUUUUAUGUCUCUUUUCAGCUUGUUCUUUACUUGUUUUUGACUGCUGAAUGUCAGUAACAACCCCCUUAUUUAAAUAUGGUAUAUAAAUCAACCUAAAUUGAAAUAAAACUGCUCUUGUUUGGACUCUAUCUAUAAAAAGCAACUGAAGAUCAGAUAAAAUACAUGGAAUGUUAAUGUGAUGUGUUUAAGUCAGGAAUGUGCAUUUUUUUUAGUGAAGCACCAAAUUUCUUUGAAUUACCUGAAAUAUUUCAAUAACAAAUGUUCAUAUUUCUAUAUAUAUCUAUUAUCACACAAACAUGUGGGACCAGUCACAUUCAGUGGGUCACCGCCACUCAAUAAUAGAAAACAUACAAUCAAGAAGUGUAGAUUACACAGCUGCAAAUUCACAAAUUCACCUGAGAUUGUACAAACACCCUGGACUGUUCGCAAAUAAAUCUUUGUGUUUGUUGGAA